AUGAUUCAUUUGAGCUUCUUUCAAACCACUACCAAAGGUGAACUCUUGAAGAUGGGUUUCCCACUGGGGACCAGUCGGCUACUCUGCGAUGGGGUGGCAAACUUGCACCAACACCUCUUGGAAGUCCCGGCCGUAACCCCCAAAAAUCACGGUAUCAACAACGGCCGCGCAUCCACCUCGAAGAAGACUUCAUCUGAUUAUGUUUCCAGCCUUCAACACUUACCUCACCAUUGUACUCCUCGCAAAUGA